UUGAGGGCGUUGCUUAUGACACAUCGCGCUGUUUUUGAAGAGAUUCGAGACUUCAAGUUCAAGAUGUUUGCGUCGUUUUUGAGGUCAAAAUUAUGGAUUUGGUUUAGACUCCUGUGUACAUUUGGUGCAUACAAUGUAUCAAUAGAGACACACCAAGACUUUGCUACUGGAGUUGAGCAGUUGCAUUCAGCAUUAUGGCAGACUUUGGGCAGCAGCUUCGGUAUCUUAUUCACCGAAACCUGCUGCUGAAAAGAAGAAACAAGAAACAGUUGUACCAGGAGCUGCUGUUUCCGUUGCUGUUUGUCAUCCUGAUUGGCUACAUGGGCAGCAACUUAAACACGGAGCGCUAUGAUCCCCUGGGCUACGGUGCGUUUCACAGUUACAAGCUGCUGCAGCCCAACGGCAACGAUUCUUUCCUGCCGGACGCCAGCAAGGCGUGGGCGUUCACUCCCAACACGACCCAAACCUGGCCAGUCAUGCUGGCCGUCAACGCAUCCUUCGGCAGCGACGCGCCCCCCGAGUUCCUGGCCUUCGACAACGAGGAGGACAUGGUGACCGCCUACAACAAUUCGUACCAAGACCUCUUCACGAUCGGUAUCGUUUUCAGCGGGGAGUACCCUACCGACUUGAAAGUCGCCAUACGCAUGCCAAAAUUUGAUGUGCCAGAUACUGAUGCCGAUUCCCGGUUCAUCGCCUCAUCAAGGUGUCGGUCUAGAAAUGCAAAGAAUCCUGGACUUGCUCUGUGCGGAACAAAUAGAUACCUGUUUACUGGAUUUGCAGCCCUUCAGACUGUUCUGCAAAAUGCCAUUCAUUCGCAACUGGCAAGCGGGCCCCUCGAUCUGCCCGACUUUUCCGUGCGAAUGCUGCCCGUCGGUGCGAGCACGUCCAGUUCCGGUGAUGACCCCAUGAGGAUCAUUAUUGUGAUCUUCUUUGUCUUACUGUACGGCAUUUUUGUGGCCGUGCUGCUGACCAACCUCGUGUACGAGAAGGAGAAGAAGAUUAAGGAGACCAUGCUGAUGAUGGGAAUGUCCAAUGCUGCCUUCUGGCUUGCCUGGUUUAUAAUCUACAUUGUCAUCCUGUUCGUUUUAUCUCUUGUCGUCACUGUAUUGUUUGGCCCUCUCAUUGGCACCUUCCGCAAGUCGAACUUCGGCGUCAUUUUCCUUACCCUUUUUUUCUACGGAAUGUCACUGGUCAGUUUUUCCUUCAUGCUGACACCGUUCUUCAGCAGGUCCUUAGUGGCAGGAGCGGCCGCUACGGUGGUCAUCUUGAUUCUUGGAUUGAUCUACAUCCCGUUUGGCCUCUUUGAAAUCGCUACCGUCGUCAAGUGGCUUGUUUCGUUCUUCUCACCUGUGGCAUUUGCUCUCGCAAUGGAUCAGGCUUUGUCCUUGGAGGAGGUCCAAGUAGGGGCCCAAUUUAAUAAUAUUGUCAUAGAUGGUUUCCCGCCCUACAUGGUCAUGCUUCUAAUCGACUCUGUACUUUACCUACUGCUGGCCGUCUACUUUGACAACGUCAUUCCAGGGAACUACGGUCAGAACAAGGUCCCUUGGUUCUGCUUCAUGCCAUCGUAUUGGCGCAAGAGCUCAGUGGGAAACUUGGUGGACAGUCUCAGCGAUCUGGAGACUAUGCAACUCAACGAUCAAGACGAUGUGGAACAGGUCUCUGCCGUGCUGAGGGCAAAAGCUGGCGUUAGGAUUCGCAAUUUGUCCAAGACGUACAAAGGAAACGGACAAAACAACCCCGAUAUUCUUGCUGUCAGAGGAAUGAGCCUGGACAUCUACGAGGGCCAGAUCACCUGCCUGCUGGGCCACAACGGGGCCGGUAAGACCACCCUGAUCAACACCCUGACUGGCCUGAUAACGGCCGACAGCGGCCAGGCCACCAUCUGUGGCUACAGCAUCCGGGAUCCCAUCCAGAUGCAGAAGAUCAGGUCCAUGAUGGGGGUGUGUUCCCAGGACAACACGCUGUUUGAUGUUCUGUCUCCGCGCGAACACCUCAAAGUGUACGCUGGACUGAAGGGAGUACCUUCACAGGAAAUUGAUAUGCAGGUGGAUAAAAUCUUAAAACUCACCAUGCUUGACGAGUCGGCCGACACCAAGUCUAAGGAUCUCAGCAGGGGACAGAAACACAAACUCUGCGUUGGAAUCGCACUCAUCGGUGACCCCAAGAUUCUGUUUCUUGACGAGCCGAGUAGCGGCAUGGACCCGUACUCUCGCCGGCAGCUGUGGAAUCUCUUGAAAAGCCAGCGACAGGGACGGAUCAUGGUGCUCACCACACACUUCAUGGACGAGGCGGACAUCUUGGCAGAUCGUAAGGCCAUGAUGUCAUUGGGGCGUCUCCGUUGCUAUGGGUCCUCCCUCUUCCUGAAAAACAGAUUUGGCAUCGGAUACCACCUUGGCAUGGUGGUAAAGAAGAGCGCUCACAUUGACAAAAUCACGGAGCUGGUGACAACCCACGUCCCGGAGAGUGUCGUCUCCCGCAGUCACGGCAUGGAACUGGCCUAUACCCUACCAAUACAGGAUGCUAACAAGUUCCCAGAUCUCUUCCAAGCCCUUGAGUCUGAUGCUGGCAUGCAAGGCGGCACGGUUGCCAAGCAACUGGGCAUCAAGUCAUACGGGGUUUCCAUGACGUCGCUGGAGGAAGUCUUUCUGAACAUCAGCGACGAGGAGAAUGAAGAGGAUGAGCCGAUCGAGGAAGCAGAUAUUGUCCAGACGUCAGACAUUGCACCGAUUAACCCAGGACGCAGUAGAAACUACAAGUCGAUGGGAGACCAGUCGAUGGCCCUGAAUGUGGAGCAUUUGAUCACCAAGCCGUUACAGCCCGGCAAGUACCAGAUCAGGGCGUUGUGUAAACUGGAGUUCCUGCAGAUGCUGCGCAACCCCAGAACGUACAUAUUCCGUCUGCUCUUUCCCAUCGUCCUCCUGGUAGCGUGUGCCAUUGUGACCGGCGUGGUGCAACCUGAUGACGGUAUAAACAAAGACCAGCCGGAACUGGCCCUUGACCCCACACUGUACCUGAAAACAACUGCCUCAUCGCCGCUGAGUGGUCUGACUAAGUUGCUGUACCAGAACAACUUGACUAGUGGUCAGGACAUCGAGCUUCUCAAGAAGGAAUUUGAACGCAUGAAAUUGAUCAGUGACGAAAUCACCGAUAUGAGUCUAGUGAAUUCAAAAGCUCCGCGUAGCAUGGCUACUGUGGCAAAUGACUUGGGUACAACUGGCAAUGCACCAGAGUUCCUGGCACUGUAUAACAGCACAGCCCAGCACUCUAUCCCCGUCAUCUUAGGGUUGCUGAACAACGCCAUCGCCCGCCUGCAGGCGCCAGGCAAGGAUUUGAACGAUGUGAUCAUCGCCAGCAAGCCCUUUCCUAGGCAGAUUUUCGGAGCGACGAUCAGUUACACCUUCCUCUUGGUUUUGCUAGUGGCUUUAUCCGUCAGCCUGCUCCCCAUAGGAUUUAUCACUGAGGUUGUGAAACUAAGACAGGAGAAGAUACGCACCCAGCUACGCGUCUCGGGGGUCAAAAUGACCCAUUACUGGGCCUCCCACCUGCUGAUAGACGGCAGCCAGCUGUAUCUGAUUGCUGCCGUUGGUAUCGUCGUCAAUCUGGCCACAGGCUUCGCAGUGGGUGGCUCCGCGUUCACCACAGCAGGGGCAAUCGUCUGCCUCAUCGUCUUCAUAAUCUUCUACAUUCCCUUGGAGGUCCUUUUCUGCUUCUGUCUCAGCUUUCUCUUCAGGGAGUUCAAGACGACCCAGUCGAUGGCUCAGUUUUUUUACAUAUUCUUACCCGUCAUUCUGAUGACUAUCGUACUGAUAUUUGAUGCCACAAACUCCCAGGCUGUUGCCAUGAUUAUGCAUUACGUAAUGUGCGUCCUGUGGCCACCCUACAUUAUCUUUGGUGAGAUGUAUUACUUCAAUCAGAUCUAUGAUGGUGCGAAGUUCAACAAACAAUUGGAUCAGCUCACCUUCGGUUACUAUCUUGACUUUAAUCAAAAAAUUCUGCCAACCAUUCUCUGUGUCGUGGGUGAGCUCGUACUGUUCACCUUCUUGCUGUACGUCCUGGAGAUCCGCUCAACCGGAGGUUCACUGUUGGAGGAAUGGAAGUGCAGAAAGAGGCAAGGCGGGGCCUUCAACAGAGACAUCAUUGAGAACGAGGACCCCGAUGUCAAGGAAGAGAGGGAGAAAGUCCAAGCAAUCUUUGACCAAGGCCUUAAUACUGAGAAAUGUGUCGUGGCAGCAUCAGGCAUCCGCAAAGAGUUUGAUCGGUCCAAGGGCUGCUGCCGGAAGCAACACAGCAACAAGUUGGCCGUCCGUAACCUGUCACUGAGCGUGAAUGAAGGGGAAGUGUUCGGCCUACUGGGACCCAACGGAGCUGGUAAAACCACUUCCAUGAACGUCAUCACAGCAGAUACUGAAGCUACCAAAGGACAGGUCCAAAUUGCCGGCUAUGACAUCACCUCCUCUCUGAGCGAAGCCUUCCAAGUCAUGGGCUACUGCCCUCAACACGAUCCGCUGUACUCCCAUGUGACAAUGCAGGAACACCUGGAGGCCUAUGGGUUGAUUAAGGGCAUUCACCCUACCGACGUCGAGACCGUAGCUCAGCAUUUCAUGGAUGCCCUGAACAUCACGCAGCAUGCAAGCAAGAAACCUUCAGAGCUGUCAGGGGGCACCAAGAGAAAGCUAUGUUUUGCUAUCAGCAUGCUGGGCAGGCCAAAGAUUGUCUUUCUGGAUGAGCCGUCGACCGGAAUGGAUCCUACCUCCAAACGUUUUGUCUGGAACACCAUCAUUGCGAGUUUCCGUGACGACAGAGGAGCUGUCCUGACGACACAUUACAUGGAGGAGGCAGACGCCGUGUGCUCCCGUGUUGGCAUUAUGAUCUCUGGCAGGUUAAUGUGCUUGGGUACGACCCAGCAUCUUAAGGGCAAGUACGGAGGCGGCUACCUGCUAGAAGCCAAGCUCAACCCUGGAGAGGCCUACUACUCCAUGGACCACACCACGGGGGAAGCCACACGGCUGCUGGAGCAGAAGAUGCAGGCAUUGGACGACAAAAUCCACCAUGUGUUUCCCUCGGCGGAGUCAGUUGAGAGCUUCGGGGAGCGGGUGACUUACAAGAUUCCCAAAGAGGAUGUCGGAUCGCUGGCGAGGGUCUUCGCUGCCUUGGAAGAAGGCAAAGAGACGUUAAACAUUGAGGAAUACAGCUUCAGCCAAGCCACCCUAGAACAGGUUUUCAUUGAGUUUGCCAAGAUGCAACGUGACGAUGACCAGCCUUAUCAGCGGCAUCAUCAAGUAGCAUGGAACAACGCAGACCCGCACGUUGUGGUGGCAUAGGUGUACACUUCUACUAGGAUUUUGAUAGACCAACGUAUAUGUGGAGUGCCUUGGUGCAGUGAUUACUGUGUCCAACUCAUGGAACCUGGUACUUGUGUUCUCGGGCAAGACACUUUACUACAAUCGCCUCUCUCCACCCAGGAGAAUAAAUGGGUGCCUGUGAGGGUAGUGACCAGAUUGUGCUGAUCUCGAGCUGCUGCAAAAAUUGGUCUCAUGGCCUGAUGAACGGGGAAAUGAUUGAAGAGAGCUUCAAGACUUUGGUAUAAAGCGCUAUAUAAGCAACACAUUAUUAUUAGUAGUAGUAAUAUAUUACUAACAGCUCGAAUAGGGUGACAGUUUGUUAUUAAAUCUGCUCUAAUAGGGUGACACACCUUAUUAGAGCCACACAUAACAUGUCGCCCUAUUAUGAACACUGCCAUUUUGCCCCAUUCUGACAAGAGUUUUUCAUUUUCGCACUGGUUUCAUGUACAGUGAGUCCUGUAUUGUCAGAGCAGGUUUGGACGCACAAAGAUAUGUGCCUGUGUCCCUAGGCAUGACACUUUACCCAACUCACUGGAGUCCAAUUUGAAGUGUUUCGCACUAGGUACAUGUACAGUCCUGUAUUGUCAGAGCAGGUUUGGAUGCACAAAGAUAUGUGCCUGUGUCCCUAGGCAUGACACUUUACCCAACUCACUGGAGUCCAAUUUGAAGUGUUUCACAUUGGUUACAUGUACAGUACUGUAUUGUCAGAGCAGGUUUGGAUGCACAAAGAUAUGUGCCUGUGUCCCUAGGCAUGACACUUUACCCAACUUACUGGGGUUCAAUUUGAAAAGAAAGAGUUGUCAAGUUGCCAUUAUUGGAUAGAAAGAGUUGUGAAUUGCCAUUGUGCAUUGUCUUUCGACUGGAACUUUACUGUAAGUAAGAGAAACUAAACUAGCAUAACCUGUUUUGGAAAAAAAAACCUACUUUGUAAAAGUAUUUCUGACUAUAAAAUAUUAUGUAGCUUAUGUGAUAUGCCAGUGAACAUGAGCGUAGAUUUCUUUCUCAGUGUGUUUCGGUACAUAUAUUUAAUAUUGACAAAAACAUAGUUUUAUCGGCUGGUGUUCUGUAUUGGCAGUUUUGGAAUGACGUAAGUUCCUACUAAGAACCGUCUUGAAAAAGCUUCUUGCAAUUUAUAUAUUUGAAUAUCAGAAUAUAUGAAUAUGUUUGGUUCUUACUUAGAAUAGUCUUGGUGUUUUUUUGGUGAAGCAGCUUUCAGUUUAUAUGUUUGAAUAUUACUGUACUUAUGAGCAAUCCAAUUUUUAUUUAGUUAUUUGGGAAAUAUAUUCCAUUAUUUUGAACAGUUUUCAAGUAGCUUGUGUCAGCACUAGGCUGAAUCCAAGGCAGACAUUUGAAAAAGCUAAUUUCAAUGUAUAUGCAGAAGUCAGAAUAUCAAUAAUAUAAGUUAAAAAAAAAAUACACAUUUUAUGCUUUUAUCGUUGCCCAAAGUAAAUGCGUAUGAAAUACCUAAAAACUUUCUUAGACAUUUUAUCAAUAUGUAUAUAUGGAUGAUGAAAAAGUGCAAGUAUUGUUAAACUUGUUGCAUCUUGUCUUGGAAGGUAUCAAUAUUAAGUAUACAUAAUGUUGUUGACAAACAGCUUGAUUUUGAACGGUUCAAAAGCAGAAAGUAUACAUGUAGAUCAAUUUAUGCAAAAAGAAUUGAUGUAAAUUUUGCAACUGAUAUGAAAUUGAAGUAUUUUAAGUGAUACAAAAGUACAUAUAGUACAUAUAAUGGAAUUAAUCAGGAAAAAACUGUUUAUGUAUAUUUCUGCGAGCAUAAUGAUUAUUAUAACUGCUGCCCAAGAAAUGAUACACAAAGUGCAAUUCAUGAAGAACUUUAUGUAUAAUUUGCAACUGAAAUGAAAUGGAAAUAUUUUUUACUUAAGUGAUAAAAAGUACUUGUAGCACAGAUGAUUGAGUAAUAUCGGAAAAAUAAGCAGUUGAUAUAUAUUUUGUAAUCGUAAUGAUCUUUGAUAUAUAUAUAUUUUGUAAUCCCAAUGAUCAUACUUUUUUUAAUGACAUCAACUUUCACACGGGAAUAAUGGAAUUAUUGUGUAUUGGAAAAUUAAAGAGUUGGUGUGUAUUUUGCAAGUUCAA